AUGUCUCCCGCUCGACCAUUGCCUCCUCAAUCCACUCAUGCACACGCGACGGAUGAGGACGAGGAGAUGGUCAGAGGGGCGUUGCAGCAAGAUGAAGAGGGAGCAGAGCAGGGAGGAGAGCAGAUAGAGGCGGAGACGAUCAAGAGGCCUCGCACGAGUGGGACAGCGAGCGGUAGCAGCAGUAGGAGGCAGAGCAGAGCGUCUAUGCCGCGCAAGUCGGGCGCAGCAUCGUCUAGUCGGGCCAGUGGUAUCGGCGCGGGGCCUAGCGAAGACGUGAGACUGAGGAAGCUGGAUGAGGCUCUUGAUCGCUUCCUGGGCUUGGUGGACGUCAGGGCUACUCAAGCCAACUUUUCCGCCGCCCUUCCUCAGCUGGAUGCCGCAACCUUAGAGCCGGCACGCCAAGCCCUCGUCUCAUCGCUCAAGGACACAAUCAAGCGCGAGCAGGCAUCCCUGGUGGGAGAGUACGAGCUGGAGGACAGACUGAGGGAGCUGCAGCGACUGGCUGUUGAGGCUGACCAGAGGGCUGAGAGGGGACUGGAACUAGAAAGCGAGGAGAUGAAGGAUGUUUGGAGGGCCGACCUGGACAUCUCGACUGCGCUGCAUGCUCGUGCCAUACCUGCGCAGAGGGAACGGGUAGCCAAGUUGGAGGCAGAGCUAGCAGAGAUCGAAGAAAGCAACACUCUACUCCACUCUCAGCUCACAGCCAAUAUCAACGAAGCAGACGAGAAGCAGGCAGACGUCCGAGGAUUCCUCGAUAUGCUGGAGCGGGCAGUUAGCGAGCUCAAGCCUCCUGUUGGCCUGGAGAAGGAGUUGAGGGGAAACUUGGAGGCUUUAGCUGCUGAGCUAGGGCCGAGGGCCUAG